AUGGCAACACCGCUCCGAUGCAUACACGCGCCCUCGAGCGCGAACAUCUUUGUCCAGCUCGCGCGCCGCACCACACCGACGGCGCUCUCGGCUCCGGCACCGAUACUUUCGGUUCUGAUCCCGAGGUGGAAUGCCGCCGCCACGCCCGCGAACAACAGCGGCGCAAGCCGAAGAUGCAGCACUGAGGUCCCAUCGCGGAGGAUAACGGCCACGCAGAAGGUCGCUCGGAGGAGCGCGGUGCAACAGCAAGUUCGAAAGUUCACGGCUUCGGCGACGAGGAGGCAGACCAGAUGCGUAUACAACCCGCAGAAGGACGAGGACGGAAAGGAGAUGAUACUUGAGAUCACGGAUAGGGCAGGCAAGCGCCUCGCCGACAUCAUGAAGAAGGACAAUAACCCGAACCUGGCGCUGAGGAUACAAGUCGAGAGCGGCGGCUGUCACGGCUUCCAGUACCUCAUGAGCCUCAUCACGCUACCCGGGACCGAGAACGUCGAGGACUGGUCCCAGGUCGUGGGCGAGGAAGACACGGUGUUCCAGUACCUGCCGGACGGCGCGGACGCCUCGAGCGCGGCGUUCGGGGGCCCGAAGGUGGUGAUUGACGAGCCGUCGCUGGACCUGCUCAAGGGCAGCAAGGUGGACUUCACGAUGGAGCUCAUCGGGUCCCAGUUCAAGAUCACGGAUAACCCGUAUGCUACGAGCAGCUGCGGAUGCGGGACCAGCUUUGACAUCAAGAUCUGA